AUGGAGGGUGAUGAGGUUAUCGGCGCACCAAAGCAUCCUGAUUGGUUGCAAAUGGUGUGUAUUAAGGAGGGUGAAGUCCCUCGCAUGAUCACCUAUGUUUUGACUAGGCUUUCCCACUAUCAUCCUGCUAUGCGCCACGACAUCGUGGACCAUCACGACAUCCUUGUCCUGUCCCUUUUCAGUGGGGGUGAGGUUCUCAACCUGAUGAACAUCUAUUCUGAUGAUCAACACACAGCCAUCAAGCACCUUGCUGCUCGUGUGCAUGCUCUUCCGCCCUUCAUUUAUAUGGCAGGCAACUUCAACUGUGUGUCCACAACUUGGGAUGAUUACGAUCAUGGCGAGUCAUCGACAGCGAUUUCCCUGCGUGACACCGUGUCUCAGAUCAGCCUCGAAUCCAAUGUUUUGGAUCUUGUAUUCUUAGCUCCAUCUGAGAUCUUAAUCUUGAUGCCCAGAUUGGAGCAUGAUCUCCAGGGUCUGUCAGAUCAUGUCCCGAUCUGUACAGAUCUUGAUAUUGGUCCCAAACCGCCUGGAUCUGUGCGACGGACAAUUAAACCCAGAAGUGAGGCUAAGAAGUCUUUCAUUUCGGAUAUUCUCUGGGAUCUUGUGGCUAUUCCUGUCGCAGCCCCGGCAACCAAGGAAGGCAUUGAAGCUUUGGCUGAUGCUAUCACGACAGCAUUCUCGGAUGCGUGGCUUGCCCACACGACCGAGUCCAAACCUACCAAGCACUCCAAGUCCUGGUGGACGGACAAGUGCUCAGAGACCUUUAGCAUAUAUCAGCUGAGCCACUCGCUCGCUGAUUACAACAAGUUUAAGAAGGUGUGUAAGGACGCCAAGCGUGACUUCUUCGAUGAACGCAUUGCGGAAAUCGCUACCUCUUGCAAGCGCCCUUGGGUCCUAAUGGAAUGGGUCAAACAGUGCAAGCUACCACCCUGUGAGGCUAUUCACAAUGGCGACCAGCCUUGCCAUGAUAUGGACGACCUUUGGGACGCCCUUCAUGGCACAUACAACUUGGCCUCUGGUCGCGGGUAUGACGCCUCAGUCUUAGACGAGCUUCCCAACGAGCCGGUCCAUGAGUGGGCUGACUUUUUGGAGCAUGAGUUGUUGAGUGCUCUUAAAGGGUGCUCCAGCUCCUCUGCACCAGGACCAGACUAUGUUACAUGGGUCCACCUAAAGGAGUUCCUCAAGGACAGACAUGUCCUUGCACUCUUCAUUGUGUUGGCCAAUGGUUGCCUUAGGGUGGGGCACUGGCCACGCAUAUUCAAGGAGUCGCUGUCGGUUAUCGUACCAAAGCCGAGCAAGCCCUCCUAUGCAGUGCCAAAGGCUUUCAGGCCAAUUGUACUCCUCAUCACUUUUGGUAAACUUAUCGCAAAGAUGAUUGCUAACAGGAUACAGUUUGAUGCUGUCAAGCAUGAUAUCUGUCAUCCAAACCAACUUGGCGGUAGUCGUCAGAGGUCAACUGAGGAUGCUGGAUUGAUUCUGACUCAUCUGGUGCGAGCGGGGUGGGUCAAGGGUCUCCAGACUAGUGCGCUGGUGUUCGACAUCGCACAGUUCUUCCCUUCUAGCAACCAUGAAAUGUUCAUGGCUGUUCUUUGUAAGCAGGGGUUCUCGCCAGUGUUGGUGGAUUUCUUUGCCUCAUACCUAGUUGGUCACUCCACAGUUUACUGCUGGAACACCUUCCAAUCCAACUCGCAGUCUGUGGAUGUGGGUGUUGGGCAGGGCUCUGCUCUAUCGCCUGUUAUUUCAGGGCUUUUCAUUGCUCCGGUGAUGAAGCUCUUCUCUAUCAAGGCGGCGCUGCUCAACACGACACUGCUGUCCUUUGUGGACAAUGGGACCAUUCUGGCCCAAUCCAAACAACUUGAUGAUAAUAAUGUGGGCCUGCGUAAGGCCUACAAAAUUAUCUACCUUCUCUUUGUUGCCUUCACACUCGUUCUUGAACACGACAAGACCGAGUUGUUCCAUUUUUCACGUCAACAAGACACUUACAAUCCUUUGCUUGAUCUGGGGUACACCCCACAUACAGGCACUACACGUUUGAAACCCAAGACCUAUUGGAGGUACUUGGGCUUCUACUUUGACUGCAGGCUCACCUUUCAUGAGCAUGUUUGCUACUAUGCCACCAAGGCAUUCACCACCAUGCAGGCCAUGUGCAUGCUCGGAAACUCUACUCAAGGGCUCUCGCUGAAACAGCAGCACCUCCUGUACAGAUCUUGCAUGGUUCCCAUUGCCACAUAUGGUUAUCGUCUCUGGUAUUUCGAUGGCACCUGUAACAAGGGUGCCAUGAACCAGCUCAAGCGGAUGCAGCGAAAAGCUGCUCUAUGGAUUACGGGUGCCUUCCGCACCUCACCCACAGGCGGUCUUGAGGCCUUGGCAGGUCUCAUCCCCAUCCAUCUUAUGCUGAAGAAGCUGGCAACUCACGCAGUGUAUUGUGUUGCCACCCUUUCAGACACUCAUCCUCUUCACUCUAUGAUGGGCGAGAGACUUCUCAAACGGGCUGAACCCCAUGCCCACUCAGCCACCUUGAUAACCCCAGCUAUGCGAGGGAAGGUCAAGAGCACUGUUAUGGAGGUGGACGAGCGCGUCCACACCUUAACUGAGAGCUUUGAGCUCUUUGCGCCCAAAGCUCGCCCCGGUGAUCAGUUGCUGGACUGCUUUGCAGACCGUCUCCAUUUUGACGAGCACAAUCCUGCUCAGGAUAGGCGCCCGUAUCUUGACGAGCUCAUUGCUGUUGCGAGAGCCAACCCAUUAACAGUACUGGCUGCAGCUGACAGCUCUGUCCCUCAGUCUAACCAGUAUCAGGUGACUUCGGCUGCCAUCAUCUACAAGGGACAUCGUGAGCUUGAAAGGACUCGCUAUGUCUUGGGCAGAGUCACUGCCCCUGAUGUGGAGCUCAAUGCCAUUUCAUGCACAGUGCACCUUGCUGUCAAGCAGGCAAGCUGCCAACAUAUCAUGGUCUUUACUGACUCUAUGGGCUUGGCCCAUAAAGCAGUUGACCCUUCCAUACAUUCAGGCCAGGCUUUCAGUCUGUCAGUCUGUCACGUUCUCCAAGAGUGGUUUGACGCAGAUGAUCUCUGCCGCAUUACUUUUGUUUACAUUCCAUCUGCCCUUCAGUGGGACAUUCAUGGUGAAGCACACAAGUACGUCACCGCGCUUAAAGUCAGGGUUGGACGUCGGAAGACGGACAAUUCUAUAGACGUGCUUCACUCUCGACCUGCACACUCAGUCCUGGAUUCAUGGAGUUCCACUUUCCAGGAUCCAACCUACCGGGGCUCUGAAUUUUUAGAGCUUCAACGGCCUGAUGGGCGGCUGAUACAGCCAUCGUACCUCAAUGGGGGACCUUGGCUUUCAUACUUCGGACACAGUAUCACUGAGUUCGCUUGUGUUUGCCAGUGCAUAACUGGCCACACGCCCAUUGGAGUGUACUACCGUUGCUUCAAGAUCAACGAGCCUCAUGGCUGCACUUGUGGGGCUGCUCUGCAGUUCUGUCAGCAUGUCCUCUUUCGCUGCUGCGAUCAAUAUUUUACGCAUUAUCCCCGCUUUCUUGGGGAUAUUGCAUCCUUUAUGAAGUACAACCCUACAGUGUUUGGCUUCAUCUAG